UCAUGGAAAACCUGGAAAAGUCUUGGAAUUUUAUUUUCAAAAAGUGCUAGACACCCUGAUUCUUUUUGUCAAUUUGUAAAAAUUUAUAAUCUGACAACUUAAGUAAAAAAAACAAAGAAAGUAUCUUCUGAAUUGCCAUGUGUUCCAAAUCUUUUUUGAAACAGCAGGUUUUACAUGGCUAAUCUGCUAAAAUUGCAUUUUAUCGCACCCAACAAUGUUUUGACCAUUGCAUUGAAAAAUUUUCAGACAAUACGAAUGUAUUUUAUUAAAAAGUGGUCAGUGCAAAGCCCGUGGAGUUGAGAAAGAUGGAGUUUUCACAGUAAAACCAGACCACACACAUCACGCCGAUAUCAUUGAUAACAAGAAACGGAAAAUGAAGCAAGAAUUGUGCGUCAAGUCAAUCAAUGAAGGAAAUAAAUUUAAGGAGAUUUAUAACCAAACACGCCGUAAUCAUCCUGAAGCCGCUGUCCAUCUUCCAUUUGCAAAAUGUGAAAAUCUAAUGUUCAAAUGGAGGCGCACAACUUGGCCUCGGAGACCGAAUUCAUUGAGGGAAUACGCACAACUUUUGAAUUCACAAGAAUAUGACUCAUGGCGACAAUAUAAUGGAGGAGAAUUCACAGUGUCUCACAUCACUGACAUCGCAGGGUCCAACUCGGUAAUUUUUAUUGAUCCGUUAUUUGCGAAGAAAAUAAAUGAAGGAAACAGUUUGAAUAUUGACGGGACAUUCAAAAUUGUGCCGCAAAUAGACGACGGUAACAUGUUCGUGACAUUUAUGAUGUCACGUUUUAAUCACGGUUUCCCAUUGGCUUAUGCUCUUAUGGAAAAUAAGACUGAAACAGCAUACAGAUCAGUAUUCCAUGAAAUACAAAGAAUCGUUCCGGAAUUCAGUGCCACAACCAUUAUGACGGAUUACGAACCAGCUUUGCAGAAUAGUGCGCGAGCAUUCUUCCCUAACGGUGAACACCACGCGUGUUACUAUCACUACACGCAGUCCAUCUAUCGCAAUGCUGUGCAACUUGAUCUCAAAGUGUAUCUGACGAACGAUCGCGAGGGAAAUCAAUUUCUGCGCCAAAUUUUAGCCCUCGGAUUACUCCCGCACCAUGUCGUUCAGCAAACAUACCGAGCCAUAAAGCGAUCAAAAAGCCAACGGUGCUUAAGGAUAAUGCGUGCUUUUUUAAUGUACUUUGAGAGGCACUGGUUAAGGAAUAUAACGCCAAGAGUUUUUAGCGUUUUUGGAUUGGCAAAAAGAACGAACAAUACAAUCGAAUCCUACCACAAGGUUUUGAAAAGUCACUUUGGAAUCCAUUCAGCCAUUUGGGCAUUCACGAAAAGUUUACUCUCAUUCCAGGAGGGUUUCAUUCUCGACUUAAAGACUUUGGAAAGGGGAAACCAAUUGACCAGAACUCCUAAAGCCAUUACCAUCAUGAGAGAUCAAUUCAUUACAUAUGGUUGGACGGAGCUUCAAGCCGGACGCAAAACACCAUUGGAGUUUCUCAAUGAAUACGUUGCGUUCAAUCGACAGCCUUUGGAGCGAUAUUUGGAUAUUUUCGGAAUGUAAUCCGACAAGGGAAUACUACUCGGAUUUUCCACAACUACUACUACUUUUCCAUAAAAUCUUUUUUAAUUUUUAAUUACUUCAUUAAAAUUUUAAUCCCAUCUAAUGAAAAAAAUAAAUGCUCUUCAGAAAUAAAGUAA